AACAGAUAGUAUAGUCGAGAAGCAGUCUUUGGUAUACUACGUUGUGCUGCUGACCCAAAUGGAUCCUGGCUGCCAGUCAGUCCCGCUUCGGGCUUCCUCGCGGCAGUAUUGGCCGCGUUCUCCGUCACGUUCGGACUCAAUUACUCAUUGUCGAUAUACACUGCGACGACCGGAACGCACGAGUGUGUUUAGAAACCUUUUAUAAAUAUUGUGGCACUCUCGUUAUUUUUUUUUCCUGUCACUAUCGCAAUAUACUUUGCGAUUUUACGGUCAUUUCGAAAAGACAGUACGGUGUUUUCAAUUAUUAAUUUAAUUCCAGUUCCAAAAAUCGAUUACUCGAAUUUAAAAAUCGAAUUUUUCCAAUUUAAAUUGUUUUUUUUUUAUUCGCCGAUACCAAUGCUGCAUCUCGGUUACAAGAGGAUCCUACUAUCGGUCGAUCGACGCGUGGACCAAAAAUCAACGAAAACAAAUUCCUCGUGAAAUUGGAUGUGCCGUGCGUGCUAAAACGGUGCUUCUGUUCGCCCGUAAAGUGAAGACACUUUAGGUUUAUGGCCGCUACAGCUGCCGCUCAUCAAAAUUGAAGACACGGGUCGAAAAUACGUGGUGCGUAUGUGGAUGAAAACAGGAGGAGAGUUUCGUACAUAAUGUAAGAGGACCGGAUACACCAAAGUGCGAGAACCUCGAAAGGCACCAUCGCAUCGGCAGGAUCAGACACCCGUCCGGAAACAUCCGCAUCUCACAGGCACAUCCUAGCGAUGCGACAUUCCACGCUGGUCCCGCGUAAUCAUUGACAAUCGGCAAGAUGCGAAGCGAGGUGGGCGAAUGGCUACCCACAUGCGUAGGUUCACCGAUAUGCAUUCUGCUCUUGUCAUGGUCUCUGUUAAUCUACCAAAAUCAAUCAUCAUCCGCGAAAAGAAGAAUCGACGUGCUGACAGUCGCGAUUCUCUCUCAAAGUCUCGCACAUCAAUUAGGAUUGCUGCUAUACGCGAUUCUCACCUUAAUUCGUCCAGCGAAUCACUUUGGAGAAUUAUGCUCGACCUUGGUAUGGGUAUUGAACUCAUCGAGCAUCCUCCAGGAGUUGACCCUGACCUCAAUCGCCGUGUUCGCGGCGAUCAGCAGUCGCGACGACGCUGUCAAUCUUACCAAGAAUCAUCUCAAGUACCAUCUCGUCAGUCUAAGCGUCAUCAGCGCCUGCAUCGGCGUCACCGGCGUGCUCAACUUCGAGCCGGAGAUCUGCGUCUUCUUGGCCCAAGAGAUCUCCUUUAAAUACGGGAUCUUCGUGAAUUCGCUGAAAAGCCUGCUGGCCCUCACGUCCUUCCUCGCCGUGGUGGUCGCGCUCUUCAGGAACGUCUGCCGAUCGCCGACCUCCGAACUGCUCAAGUCGGUCUCGGACCUGUCGGAGGCGAGCUCCAAGAACUCUUCGGGCGCGUUUGAGUGCCAUCCGCAGCAUUGGGACCCCUCGAGCGGAUCGUGCACCAGCGGCUCGACCAACAGCAGGGCAUGCUUGAGAAAGAAGAGGGUGCAGGUGGACGAGGCGAGCGGCAGAUCCACCGUCUACAGCAUACUCUUUGUCUGCUACAUCUUCGAGCACUUACCCAUUCUGAUUAUCUCCAUCAGACCGAGCCUCCUGAGGAAUUUUUGCACGCCCCAGAAUCUGGCGACGUGGCUGCCGCUGAUGAAGGACACCUUGCUUCCGGUUUUCCUGGCUCUCUUCGACAAGAUGUUCUGCCGAUACGUGGCCAAGGUCUACACAAAGCAGGAUCAGAGAAGGCUGUCGCAUGGCGGUAUAGACGGUAAAUUCCGACACUUCGAGCAGGACACCGAGUACAAGCUGCAAUUGAACCUGAAUCACGGGCUGAAGUUCCCCCUAACCAACGGAAGCCUCUACGGAAGGUUGCACAGCCACCAGAACAGAGGGAAAACCGGCACGAUCAACAUGGGAAUUCAGCAGCACUAUCCCAGGACGCAACCCGUGAACGAGGACGGCAACUACACGUCUCUGCCAGCGGAAUUGUCGUCCUUCACGAGUUCGACCUUCGAGCCGCGUCAGGAUAAAAUGCCUGAGUCGUCAUCUAAAAGAACCCCGACGGACUCGCAGCAGCACAGCAGACGACCUAGACCGAACGAGAGUCUGCACGAGCUCGUCGGGAAUCGUCGGAAGAUUGGCAGCACCGACAUUUUCGGACAGAACAUGGAGAAUCUGGUGCAGCUGGAAGACCCCGCGAGCAACUGGAAGCACCAGAUCACCAAAGAGGAGAUUCGCGAGGAAUCGUUCAGACGACACGCGAAAAGCGUCCUGGGUCUGGAGAGUCUGAUCGUCGGGCUGGAGAACGACCUGCAGGAGCAGCAUUAUCCUAGAAACGUUCUGCGCAGGAAUCAGAGCUUCGACCACGUCAGAUGUCACCGACCUAUGCUCGACACGAGGACUUACAAUUUGAAGAAAGACGACAGAGAGAAUCUUCAACAGACUCUUCAUCAGAAUCUUCUUCAAAGACGAGAUAGUCGGGACAGGAUGGGACAUUGCGACGGAUACGACAGCUCCGAUGAUGAAAGUUGCGACCUGGAGAACGGCGACUUUGACACCAUGAGCUCCUGCAGGAGCAGAAGCAGAAGCUGUUGCUCGGUUACCACAGUCGCUAAUGACGAUUUCGAAUAUUUCCAGCGUAAAGGAACCAAGGUGGAGCUACUGCCCUCGAAGCGCGCCUGCGGGGAGGUAAAGGUCAACAUGCGAUCUUUCACGCCGCGUAUCAUAGAGAACGGCGCGGAGGAUCGAGAGGAGAUGAAGAAACGCGCCGUGAAACCGGGAGACACGAAACCCAGCAUCCAGUCCUACCAUCUGAAGACUAAAAGGAUCGGACCUGGUUACUCGAUGAACGACCUGGACAAACUGACCGCCCUGAAGAAGCUGCCGAACCUGUCGAUGGAGAGCCUGAAGAGCAUCCUGAAGAACUCCAACGUGAGCUAUCUCGACAAUGGUGACAUAUGCAAGCACGACAUCGGCGGUUCGGCGCCCGACUUCAAGAAGAUCUUCGUCACGGAAUUCAUAUGAGACCUAUAGUAGCUCGAUAGAAAGACUGUAUUAUUUGUAUCCUUGUGAUAUAGCAACGGCGUGUUAGUAAAUAAUUAUCGAAAUUUCCUUCACCGCGACCAGUAAACGUUGUUAUUCUUAUUCCAGAGGAGAAAAUAGAGUACUCUCGUGCGUGCAUGUGCGAUUAAAGAAAAAGUGUCAUAAUAUAAUCAAACAUUCUGAAGAAUUAAAUUAAAACAACAUUUAGAGUCAUAUGACAAUUUCGAUUCUCAUUAACAUAUUAACGUAUUUAAUAUUAAUAAUAUUAAUAGAGAAAAUGAUCGAUAUGAAUAUUCAUACAGCCGGCACGUGUUUUCAAGGAACUGGCCUCUCUCGUUCAAUAUGAAAUCUAAAUUUUCUACGUAAACAUGUAUGUUUUUUUUAAACAAGUCGCAUUUCCAGACUCGCGACUUAUUCAUUCCAGCUGUCAUCGAUGAUUUAUGAAUGAAUGUAAAUGUAAUUACCGUAGACGCUCGCUCGCGCACACAGCGUCACGUGCUUAUUUUUGUAUAAAGGCUCCUGUAAAAUACUUUACAAUACGUAGCGGAUUUGUUUCUCGGAGUCGACAAGGAGUCGAUUAUUAUGAACGUUACUUGUAUAUAUUUUGUAUAUUUGUAUCGUAAUAUUUAAUAUUAACGAUUAUGUGUAUACAAUUAUAUGCAUCGCGUUGCUCCGCGAUGCAUCUGAUGAGUGUUGCGGAAAAAUGACGAACGGAUUGUAUAAAUUAAUUGCAAAUAUAUUUUAUUUCUGGGUUUAUACAAAAGAGUUUCAGCAGUCGCCUCUUCAUCUCAUUUGGCACGGCAAGGCUAAAAAAUUGUGUCAAAGUAUAAAAAAAACUUAAUAUCUUUGCUUGAAGAUGUGUAAAAAAAAAAACUAAUUAUAACUUGGUAAUAGGACACGACGCUGAAAGAGAUAAACAUGUAUAUAAUUUACUUUAUUAAAUUUAUUCAAAUCGUU